AGUUGUAAGUAUGUGCACACCCCCCCCCCCUGACCAUUUUCUGAGCAUGUGCAAAAGGAAGAGGAAACAGCAUGAGACUGUCACUGCACAGGCUCGGGAGAUGUGUGAGAAGGAACGCACAGGGAAUUAUGAGUGGCACUAUGGAAGACUUGGUACAGAGUGUUACAAGCUUAAAGUCUACAAAAGGGAGAAUUACAAGGCUUUGCUGUGAGAAAAUUGUAUUUUCUCCUCUCUGAGGCCAGCUGCUCCACUGGAAUUGCUGCUCCAUGCCUCAAAUUACUGUUUGAAUUGAGAACUUCCAGCCUGUUGUGGAUACUUGGCCACUUGCAAGUUAAACUCAUUUACGUACCCGUUUUUUGCUACCCUGUUGCUGUUUGUUUUUGUUUUUGUUUUUUUUUGGUUUUUUUUUUCCCCCAGGAGAACCCUCAGAGUCAUUUGAUGUACAGGAAGCAAAGACCACAUGAUAAGGGCUGUUUGUGUGGUCCAAACAAACCAGCUUGUCUUAAGGCUUUCUCUGUGUGCAUGACUGGGUACAACAGUGGAUCCCUUGUCAUAUUUUGUGCUCUAGAGAACUACAACGCAAAAAGAUUCCCCGAUUACAAAAAAAAAAUCCCAAAACAUUAAGAGACUAACUUCUUAACUCCGUGGUGAUGGGGAGUUCAGCCUCGUCUCUCACUGCAGAGACCGAGUCCGACCAUGGCUUUCGCAGUACCCCCUACCCUUCGUCACCCCCUGUGGGCUGGCUCAGGAACAGUCACAGCAGCCCGGUGUGGGGUACCACCUUCAUCACACGGCAGCAGCAGCAGCCGCUGCCUCAUCGAGAGCGCAGCCACUCUCACUCUCCAGGCUCCAUGGCAGCAGCAGUGCGAGGCAGUGAGUGGUCAUGUGGACGCUGCACCUUCUUAAAUGCCGGGGCAGCACCUCGCUGUUCAAUCUGUGAGGCACCACGCCAGAAACCUGACCUCAACCAGAUCCUGCGCCUCAGCAGUACCGAGGAGCAUCGCUGGACCUGUCCCCGUUGUACACUCAACAACCCCCAGGGAUCUGGAGCCUGCUCAGUCUGUGGCUUUGGCCCAUCACCCGCCACUCACACACCCCCUACUACCACCAUAGCUGCCACUGCCAAUGGCCUCCCUUCUGCUCCCCCUGAACCCCCGACACCCACAAUCACUCCCACAGUGCUACUUGAGCCCCAUGGACAGCAUCCAGCUAAGGAGGAGGUGUUUCGACGGUCUGAGAGCAAUGGAGAGGUGUGUGGCCAGGAGGGACAGCACACAGGCUGGGCCUGCCCUCGCUGCACCCUUCAUAACACCCCUGUGGCACUUUCAUGUUCAGCCUGCGGUGGGCCAAGAAAACUGUCUUUACCUAAAAUCCCCCCAGAAGCAUUGGUAGUACCUGAGGUGCGCACACCAGUACUGGGCUUUCCUGUUCACACAGCUGCUUCAGCCCCACUACUGAUUGACCUCACAGAUGACUCACCACCAGCUCCGCCCUGUGAUCCUCAAGAACCUCCCAAUGCAUCUUCACAGUCCCUCUCCUCCACUUUUACUUCUUUUUCCUCCCUCCAGAACAAUCCUGUGCCUCGCAGCAGGAGAGAGGUGCCGCCUCCAGGUCGCCCACCAAACCCAGGGACAAACACUCCCAGCCCCACGUCCCCUUCAGCUGCCAGCGUGCCACCCCAACCCGGUCCACAGAGGCCAGCCAAGCCCAAGCAUGCCCAACCCCAGGAACCUUCUUACCCAAGCAAGCGUCUCAGUAUCUUGGAGGAAGAAGAGUCCCACCCACUGACCCCCCACCUCCCUGUUACUUCCACAUCAGCCUCCACCUGGAAGUGCCCUAGCUGCUCCUUGCCCAACCCAGGUAACUCAUCGAAGUGCGAGACCUGCAGAUCGUCAAGGGCUGGUGCUGACCUCAUUGAUCUGGUAGGCUGUGAGACGGUACGAUUUACCCCGGCCAGCCCCUCUAGCCCGGACUUUAGCACAUGGGCCUGCUCUAAGUGCACCCUGCGCAACCCUACAGGUGCACCCAAGUGCUCAGCUUGUGGUUCUUCCAAGCUGCAUGGCUUUCAGGAGCAGCAGGUGCCUCUACCCCGCUGUUGUACACAUUGUGGCCUCCCACUGGGGCCUGGCACUGCAUCAUGCUCCUGUACACCUUCCUCCUCUUCAUCGUCCUCAGGUCAUAAAAUGCGGAAACAGGCCCGGGGCUUUCCUUCAUCCUCUUCUGCUGCUGCCUCCUCUAAUUCCUCUUCGUCCUCCACCUCAUCUAGCCUUCAGGAGAAGGUAGGACAGUGGAGUUGCCCAGCAUGUACGCUGCUCAAUGAUAUCAAGGCCAAGAACUGUGCAGCAUGCCACACACCCCAGCAGUACCUCACCCUUCGUAAGGUGGUUAAACCUCUGAAGAGGAGGGAGAGCAUGCAUGUAGAGGCCCGUCGACGAAAUGAUGAAGGGGAAGCUAAGGAGCUUUGGGAGAACAUUGUCAGCUUCUGCAGGGAGAACUCCGUGAACUUUGUGGAUGACAGUUUCCCCCCUGGACCCCAGUCUGUCGGCUUCCCGGAGGGUGACAGCGUCCAGCAGCGAAUCAAAAAGUGGCUGCGUCCCCACGAGAUCAACUGCAGCAAUUUCAAAGACCGAGGAGUCAAGUGGUCCGUGUUCCGCACGCCAAGGCCCUCAGACAUCCUGCAAGGCCUUCUUGGAAACUGCUGGUUCCUGAGUGCACUGGCUGUGUUGGCGGAGCGUCCAGAGCUCGUAGAGAGGGUGAUGAUCACCAGGACCAUUUGUCCAGAGGGGGCCUACCAGGUUCGGCUGUGUAAAGACGGCACCUGGACAACAGUGCUUGUGGAUGACAUGUUGCCCUGCGACGACUAUGGCUACCUCCUUUUUUCCCAGGCCCAGAGGAAGCAGCUAUGGGUGGCGCUGAUUGAGAAGGCCCUAGCCAAACUCCACGGUUCCUACUUUGCCCUGCAGGCAGGGCGUGCUAUUGAGGGUCUGGCCACGCUGACUGGGGCUCCAUGUGACUCCCUAAUGCUCCAGGUCAGCUCCACGAACCCACGAGAGGAACCCAUCGAUACAGACCUCAUCUGGGCCAAGAUGCUUAGCUCCAAGGAGGCUGGGUUUCUUAUGGGAGCCUCUUGCGGAGGAGGCAACAUGAAGGUGGACGAUGCCGUUUAUGAGUCUUUGGGUCUGAGGCCUCGACAUGCAUAUUCCAUCUUAGACGUACGAGAUGUCCAGGGUUACAGGUUGCUGCGGCUGCGUAACCCCUGGGGUCGCUUCUCGUGGAAUGGGAGCUGGUCGGAUGAGUGGGCAGACUGGCCACAGCACCUCCGCCACGAGCUGAUGGCUCAUGGCAGCAGUGAGGGGGUCUUCUGGAUGGAGUACACUGACUUUAUAAAAUACUUUGACUCAGUGGACAUCUGUAAGAUCCACUCAGACUGGCAGGAGGUGAGACUACAAGGCUGCUUCCCCAGCAAAGCCAAUGGGCCGGUCACUGUCACAGCACUCACUGUGCUGGAGAGGACAGCACUGGAAUUUGCUCUCUUUCAGGAGGGAAGCAGGCGCUCCGACACAGCUGACAGUCACCUGCUGGAUCUGUGCAUCAUGGUCUUCCGCGCCUCCUUCGGUAGUGGCAACAAGCUCACUCUGGGCCGCUUAAUGGCCCACAGCAAGCGAGCAGUGAAGAAAUUUGUUGGCUGUGAUGUUAUGCUGGAGCCAGGGGAGUAUGCUGUUGUCUGCUGCGCCUUCAACCACUGGCAAAUGAAUGUCAGCAGCACGGGGGGUCCACCCACUCCCAUCUCUAGCCCGACCAGUGGAGCAGUACGGCGGCCCAGCCAGGACUUCCCUGGCUACAUCCUGGCCAUUUACAGCUCUCGUCAGGUGAUGGUGGAGCAGGUGGAAGCGACUGCCACCACACUGGCCGACGCUAUUAUUCUACUCACAGAAAACAAAGGCGAAAGACACGAGGGCCGUGAGGGCAUGACAUGCUACUACCUGACCCACGGCUGGGCAGGGCUUAUCGUGGUGGUGGAAAACCGCCACCCCAAAUACUACCUCCACGUCUCCUGUGACUGCACUGACAGCUUCAAUGUGGUGUCCACCCGCGGCAGCCUCAAGACCAUUGACAGCGUCCCUCCUUUGCACAGGCAGGUACUGGUGGUGCUUUCUCAGCUGGAGGGAAAUGCCGGCUUCUCCAUCACCCAUCGCCUGGCUCACCGCAAGGCAGCCCAGGCCUCCCUGGGAGACUGGACCCCCACCAAGGCCACACACAGCCCCCAGCUCACCCCGGACAUUGAUGGCCUGCACCGGCCCCGGCCUCUAUGACCACCGCCCACUUUAUCCCGUAUUGACAUACUCGAGUCCAACAAACUGUCAGACCACUGGAAACUCAGACAAGGUUAGGCAAGUGGUGUGUGGAGUCCUAAAACAGAGAAAGAUGCAUUCUGAAUGUGAAGCAUGAUGUUGGGAAGCGUUUAUUCGCUCUCUUGCUAAUGCUCCAUGAAUGCUCGAAUCUUUGUCUGGACCACACAUGCUCUGUCCCUUGCCAAUUGGAUGUGCCAUUUCAGGAUGAAAUGAGGGAAGCGGGCUUCGUAAAAUGACAGGGGCAUACUCAGCCCCCCGCCCCCAAGCACCUGAGAGGAUCCAGUUCUGACUACUUUAAAUUCUGGACAUUUUGGAUAGCUGGCAGCACCUGCUGUAUGUGAAACGGAUGUCAGCCCUCAGUUCGGUAUGCUUGGAGACGACCCUGCUUUCAAUGAGUUACAAAAAAUAAAUAAAAAUACACACCAGGGUGGGGUGCUGAAACUACUGAGCCAUUGACCGGCCCACAGACCGUGAGCCAGUCACCAGAUCAGACACUUCCCCUACCCCUCCAUGACAUCCACAAAGACAGCUAACAAAGUAGGAAGACUUCUGGGGGGGAGUUUAUCUCACCCAUCCUCAGUAUGGUACUUUAUGAGCCAAACCGAAGUGAUUUUACCCAUAGUAAUACAUGUCCUGUUUAUAAUUUUUUAAAUUUUGUUGAAAACAUACACCUGUUAGUAUAAGUUUAACUUGUUUUAUACACAACCCUCAUUGCCUCUUGUCCAUAUUUGUGUUUUUUGAGGUUGUAGACAAAGCCAUCAUUCAUACAGUACUGUUCCCUCUCUGUGGCACACACUUUAGCUCAGGACCAAACCCGUGAUUUGUACAGUAAGCCGGAUUGACAGGUGGAUGGUGUCCAAGAAGCUGCAAUAGCAUCUUUUCACUGUUGUCUCUGCUGUUUGUGGUGUAAGAGGUGCUGCGUUUGUAGAGAAUCGUGUGGCGUCUGGAAGGUUUUAUCUUGUGAAUUACUGAGACAUAAUAGAAUUCAGUCAACAGCUAUUCAUUUUCACUCAGUUUGGGGUCUCAUCGCUGGAAGGGUUCUCUCGUCCACCUUAAAGGGCCGUUUAUAUCUUUACACAUAAAUUAACAUUCGUUAAUUUACACAAGUCUUAGACUCGAGGUUUGUAGCACACAGCAAUUAGCGUCUGAUCUUGUUUGGUACAGAAGGUGAGUUCAGUGUCUUGUUUCCCACGGUUGCACAGUUUGCCAGUAUGUCAGUUUACACUAUGGUGUGCUAAGGGAGUACUAGAAUCGCUAUUGGCUGUUUGAACAGUCAGUUUGCCAUGGGGGAGCUCUUAAGAGGAGCUGCCGAGUUUACUUUGGGAGGGCAGGGACCACUUUUGUUUGCUUGCGUGCAGCGCGAGCGUCUGGGCAAUCCUCCCACAAGAAUACACUGACAGCUUGUUAGUAACAACACAGAGUCCUCGUGAAAUAACAAAUUAUCAUUUUGUCAGACUCAGUGCACACACAACAAGACAGGAAAGGGACCCCAGAGACAAGUUGUGACACAGAAAAUAGUUCUCUGAGUCUGGUCUGCGCGCUUUCAGGGGAUAGCUGUUUUAUGUGGGUCCUUAUAUAAGGUCCCACACAUUUGUUAUUGCGAGCUUUUCCAGUGUCAAAGCCAUUACUCCUUAUUCAUCACGUCCUCACCAUGGCAACAUAGGUGUCUCAUCAGACAGAGAGUGGAACGAUUAAUGUGGUACUAUAGAGACAGGAUGGAGUGGGAGACUUUUUUUUUUUAUAAGUAAAACAUGUCUUACUAUUAAUUGUGUAGUUAAAUGGAGAAAAACUUGAAACCUAAUGAGCAAAAAUCCUCCAGCAUUCAUACAAUUAAAUAGGAGAAAAAAAAGGUUUUUGUAUCUAAGUCCUUUUAAAUGUAAGCAUUACAAGUUUCUCAAUGAUAAGAUUCACUUGCAUCAUCUCAUCCGCAUUGUCCUGUGUCUUGUUUUCUAUUUGUUUUUUUAAAAUCAUUGAUGUUAUAUAGCUGCGCUGUUUCCCAAUGCUUGCAGUCCUCUUCUGCACGUUGGGUCGUACUUCACGAUGGCCGCGGGGCAAUUUGCAAGCUGCUCCAGCAGUGCGACGUUUCUUUUUCUUUUUUUUAACGAAACCUGAAGUUGAAGUAAUUGUAAAUAUGCUUUCCAAAGAAACAUCAUGUGUAAUGACCACUUUCAGAUGCCUGGCCCUGUGUGUGCACAUGUGUGUGUGUGAGUGUGUGCGGUCGCAGCCACGUAGCUGUGCGAAUCCCGUGUCUAAUUUAUUCGUACAAGUGAUUUGCAGCCCUGCUUUUAACGAAUACCAAGCAGAAGCUGGUGAAUGACAGAUAAAGGAAUGUAAUGAAGCUCCGUGGCUUCGCUCUGAGCCCAGAUGGAUUGAUAUGAAUUGAUGUGAACCUGCACUGAAACAUCUGCAAAGGCACCUCAGAAUCAUGUGUCACUGCUGGAUCACUUUACAUUUACAUGAUUUUAAGUUUUGUUUCAUUAUUUUUGUUGUAAUUGUCUAUUUUUUUUUUCUUCUUUUUUUUUUGGGGCUCUUUCUGGUCUUCUGUUAGGUUGUGUUGGUAGCGCUUAUGUGCUUUUAGGAGCGCCCCCUGCUGCUUAAUAGAAAACAGCCAGAGAAGAGGUGAUCACUGACAGACCGAUCAACACACACCAACUUUUUCUCCCUCUCCUUUGUCCAGUUCCCUCAUUGUAAAUUGUACAGAAUGAAAACUUAAGUCAGGCUAAAGAUUUAAAAAUAAAUAAAUAACUGACCCUUUUGAAAAAAUUAAAGUAUCAUAGAAGAAAAUUAACCUAAUGCUGAAAAUAAUGAACUCUGAUGAAUGUGAUAUAUAAAUUUUAUUGAUCCUUUUUUGGGAGUGGGGGAGGGGUAUAUGUGUACAAAAAUAUGUAUGUUUAAUUUUCAGUCUCAGGUUCCAAUGGACCAAAUAAAUUUUUUUAAAA